AUGUCGCUGGUCAAGCUUCCAUACGAGCUGGUCUCAUUUAUUAUUGAGUAUCUGGAUUUGCUCGACGUCGGCAAUCUCAGUCUCACCUGCAAGCGGAUGCAGUAUUUGACCCUGGAAUACUGCAUUGCCAAGCGAAUCCUUGAGACAAAGGCCCCCUACAGCUUGGAGGCAAGCAGCGCGAGACUCACUCAGCGUUGGCCCCAACAGCUGCGGAGGCUGAUCAAGCGCCAAGCUGCCACUUCGUCCGUGUCUCCCUAUCUUGUGAGAGUCGUCGCCCACGCGGAAACAUGGCUUUACGAGAAUGGCAUACUGUGCUAUAUUCGCAAGCGUGAGAUUCGGAUUCUGGAUCUUCACGGUUCAGCAACACAGGAGAUCGUCAUCAAUAUCCGCUCCCUUCUCCACGUGGCCCUACCCGAGUCUAGAAUGACCCGCAGGUACAAGGUCCGGGUACUGCACUACGCCCACGAUAUUGUUUCUUGCUUGUACACACACGCCAAGCCAAACCAAGAGCAAGUCAGCUGGCUUCUGGCCUUCAACGUGUGUACUGGCCAGGUGGUUACCGUUCGCCAAGUCGCCUCGACUACCAAGAUUUUCGUACGCAACGACAACAACUUUCUUUACUAUGGCACCAAUUCCGAGAUCGGCAGGGACCUGUACCGGUACUGGGUCAUCUGGGGUUUCGACUUGAGUGCUCGCAGAUGGCUGAGUGACAAACUCGAGAUACAGGAUGUCAUGGGUGUGGAUGUGGGCUCGACAGUUUGUUUUGAGAUCUUUGAUGGCUGGUUCUACGGCAUCUCAAACCAAGCCGCUCUGGAGGUGGAAGAGGUUGAUUGGAUCUCACAUUAUACCUGCUUCAGGUUCCCGGUCACAAGAGAGGGCCUUCAAAAAUGGGAGUCACCGAACCCACCAAUCUUUAGAAGGAAUCAGCAUGAGGGUGUGAUCGAUGACAGGUGGUACCUCCUUCGCAUGUUCAAGGACGAGUCAACAGGCCAGCUCAAGGUGGUUGAGUCUAGGAAAGAGUGGCUUGCAGGGCGCAUCUGGCCUAGACGCACUUACUACACCACCGUGGUAAACUUCGACGAGGCCACUUCCGACGUCGCUCGAGCAACAAAUGGCCGAGCCUCAUCAUUUGGGAGCCCUAGUGCAGCAUCACCCGAGACCAUGAAUCCCAAACUGCAGCACACCGAGUACACGGCACCACCAUCACGAGAUCCCCAUUUUGUACAUCCGGGGGACGACAACGCCUCGUCUCUGAUGUUCGCGAUCAGCAAGAGCCCUAUUCGCUGCUAUUAUUCAGCAUGUCAAACAUUUUUGGACGUGGUGGACGACCCCACCUCCACGGAUCCUAAUGAUCAACGAAUCCGCUUCCGAGGCAGUUCACGACGGCCCAGGGGUACCUCUAGCGUGGAGCAGCGGGACGAACGGCAAAUUUCGCCCGUAGCACAAGACUACAGCGCCCAAGAUGCACUUGACCAGGAAGUAAAUGAUCUUUACAGGCACAAAGAUGUUGUUUCCUGGCCUGCCGAGCCAGACAUUUCCAAUCCAGAUCCUGUGCUCCUCGAUUUGUACGCCGUACUGAAUCCGGAUGGCUUUACCGGCAACAUUCGAGGGGCAUGGGAUGAACGCUCCUUGGUCUAUUCCACAGGUAGCGAUUCCCCCGGAGGCCUCAAUGCCCUGGUGUUUGUCUCUUGGGACCCUUCUAUUCACCUGGAUGGGACAUUGUCCUAUUCCGACUAUCGGCUCUUUCUGAGCGUACCACCUGUUCAACACAUCAUGGAAGGGCACAGUGACGUCUCUGACUCGGGGAUAAUACUCUUCCAGGAGAAAGGAAAAGGCAAGGAGUUCACCUGGAGCUACCCUAGCAAGUCGCCGAGUCCAUUUCUACGUGCCGGCAGCACAGACUCGACAUCAUCUUCGGAGACCAACCAGGAUAGCCGCUGGAAAAAAGUUGAACCUGCAUUGUAUCAUCAACUUGGCUCAGGUUUCCACUUCGCUCGAUAGUUGGAGAUGACAGACAUUACGCGGAUCAUCCCUAAGCAAGCACUCAAUUGGCCCAAAAGGUUUCAGACUGGUAUCAUGGAUGCAAUUUAGAUGCAGAGACACGUCGCCUGCAUGUGAAUGUGGUUGCAGGUGCAACAAACUGCACUGGAUGCGUUUCUAUUGCCCAUCUGAGGGUGAUGGAGUGAAGUGCAGUGAAAUAGGAAAAGGGGGGAAACGGCAGGGGACGGGAUGAGGGCAAGGAUCACGUCCCGGCUUGAGCUAAUCAUCAAGUAAUAUGUUUAUAUACAGGAAGGUUCGACAGCUUUUGUGCCACUCGCCAUCCUUCUCCAUCAUAUACCUACCUGAGAAGCACAUCUCAGCUGGACGACCACAUGGUAGACGAGGCUCUGAAGGAAUGUGCAUGGAGACAGAACCCGCCGUUCCAUUGUGCGAGACGACCCCAAUUUCAGCAUGCGGGUUGGAGGGGUGCCGUUGCCCGAUUUGUUAGGCUCUGGCACGUUGAGCCAUAUUUGUUAUGGUUGCAGAGCAUCUGGAUGGCUUCCUGCGUCUGCGGCCCCCUCGUGAGAUGCAAUAUUUGCAUGGAGCCAUUGUCCACAAGCGAGCAAAGUGCGAUUUUCUGCGCGCGUUCCUCGGACUGCUCCCGCCAUUUAUGACCAAGAAUGAAGGGCCCCCACAGUUGAUCCUGUCUCGGACUGCUGUUGUACAUUCCCCUCGGGUUGAAAAAUGGCAAGAUCGGUCGUCUAAUGCAGGAUGCGGAGAGGUGUGUGCAUCUCAAACGAAGCUAUUGAUGACUUGACGGGACGAUAUGAGGCCUCGUCGAGAAGCAUCUGAGGGGUACAGAUGGGGGUGGAGAGCUGCAUUUUGCUUCCAAUAUAAUAUACCGAGCCGUUAAGAUCAGAUCAGUGGACGAACUAGGGUCAGGAGCCUUGUGAGGGCUGGUGCAACCAUUGCCCGGCUUUAUGCUACUUGGCUGGCCAUACAACACGAACUCAGAGAUGGGUCCGGCCGAAAAGGGGAAAUGGAAUUUUGGAAGAGCCCCCCAAGCCCAAGGAGCACACAAAAGUUUGAAAAGAAGGAAAUGGGUGCUUUGAAUCGUCCAUUUUCUUUUGACUACUAACUUACACCACCACCUCUGGGAUAACUCGACGUUGAUUUCAUCGCCAACUAUCCUGUAUACAUUUCCCACGCUUCAACAUUUGUGGAAGAAUUUACACUCGAUCUUUGAAUGGAGCCAUUCAACAUACACAUAGCGAACAUGUGACAACGUGAGAAAGACCGCGGGGUGGGGGUGGCUCGCUCGUACAGGCGUGCUCUCUCGAGGUGGGCAAAAGAUAAGAAGUGGUGGGAUACAAUGUGGGUUAUAUACGUGGUAUCUGUAUUAUAACUCCCGUCAGUAGGUAGCAGAGCAGGAAACAACCAACAUCAACAUAGCUUGUCUACUCUCUACCUAUUCCCGAGCCCAUGCAUAUCAACAUCCCUUCUGCAUGGCAACCCCCCCCACACAAAGGAUUCUUUAUAGCCUCAUGUCGUCAGUAAGGAAAGAAAAAGAAAAGAAAGUAAGACUAACCCCCAUGCUUUUUCGUUGUUGAGUUUAGGAGAUUGUCGCGGGUUGUACAUUGUAUGUGUGUG